UGCAAGGGUGUGCUGGCAAUUAAACCCCCCGCUACGCGCCGCUCCGCCAUACGGCGACGUGUGAGUGCUUCAGAAGGUAGCUGACGCCCACGCCAAACGCCAGCGCACACCGGCGCCGCGCCAAGACGCCCCGCCGCGCCCCAUCCCGCUCUACGGCACCUUGAAGGAUACGCGAAGCACGCCGGCCACCGGACGCCACCGCCGCGCCGACGCGUCGUCACAGCCCGCCGCAGCCCCCCUGCGCCAGGGCGCGCCCCCGGGAACCGCUUCGAGGCGUAGGGCAAAACCGGCCCCGCGAGCGCGGCGCAAAACGCGCCCAAAAAGGGGCCCGACGCGGCCCGAGACGCCCAAAAAGGCACCCAGCACGAGCCAUGGCCCAGCCCGCCCCCCUCACCACGGGCGAGACCCUCGCGGCCGUCUACGACCGCCUCGCGGCGCUCGCGCCGGCGCACGGCCGGCCGCCCCCGGACGCGGAGACGCGGGACGCCGACAAGAAGCGCCCCACCGACGAGCCGGCGCCGGAGAACCCCCCGAAGCGCCACAAGACCGAAGAAAACUCCUCCUCGGGGGGCAGCGACGACGCGAGCCGGGGCGGCGCGUCGAGCGGCGACGACACGUCCGGCGCGACGGCCGACGGCCUAUCAUUGACAUCGCCCCUGGCGCCGGUCGUGCGCAUGCGCACGCUCGCGGCGGCGUCGGGCGAGACACUACAACAACUGCCGGCGGGCCGCGCGGGCCGCAUGCUGGUCGCGGACGACUCGUACACCGUGCGCCGCUACCUGCAGCGGACCUUCGAGCGGAAGGGGUACGUGGUGGACGUGGCCCAGAACGGCUGGCAGGCCUUCGCGCAGAUGCAGACGCGGCUGUACGACUUCGUCUUCCUGGACAUCGAGAUGCCGGUCAUGAACGGGUACCGGUGCGCCCAGGCCAUCCGGCGGUGGGAGGCGCGCGUCGAGCGGGAGCAGAAGCAGUUCAUCUGCGCGCUGACGAGCCACGCCCAACCGGACGAGCGGGAGCUGGGCCUGGGCAUUGGCCCGUGUGGAAAUCAAAAUUUACGGCGCGUUCGUGCUGAAUCAUCGCGUCGUCCUCCACGCCAUCGACGCGACGCCUGCUCGACGGCGUGGCGGUGUGAAUUCCUCACCGCUCGACCGAGCCAGGACGGCCGCGUCGUCGCCGAGAAACGCACCCGACGCACUGGUUGAUUUCCACACAGGCAUCGGCAUGGACCUCUUCGAGGCCAAGCCGGCCAAGCCGAAGCGGUUGCUGGGCAUCGUCGAGCAGGCGCUCGCCGCGGCGAACGGCGACGCGGCCGCGGCGGCCGCGAUCGCCGCCGCGGCCACGGCCAAGGCGUGCGCGGAGGCCGGCGCCGCGGUGCUCGAGGACGAGGCGCCCCCGGCGCCGCUCGGCGACCUGAACGUGGGCGAGGAGGUCGAGCUCUGCCUCUGCGCGCGGAGCGGCCUCGCCUGGAUCGGCGUCGCGGUGACGCGCGUGCGCGCGCCGGGGCCGACCUACGACGUCGCGGGCGACGUCGUGACGGCUUCAAACGUUGCGCGGCGCCGCCUGCGCAAGCCGAACCAGACGCAGGCGCCGCUCGCGCCGGGUGUGCCCGUCGACGUGGCGCAUGAGGGCGCGCUCCGGCCGGGCGAGGUCGUCGCGGUCGACGGCGACGCGGGCACGUGCGACGUGAAGCUCGCCGACGGCACGCCGCUCCAGGGCGUCGCCGCUUCACAGGUGCUCGCGUUGCACGCGUGAGCCCUCCCCCCUCCCCUCAUCCCCCGUCGUGUAAUGAGAUCGUGUCUAGAA